CUACUUUGGCUUUCCACAUUGCAUUGGUCUGCUGCAGCAGCUGGAGCUCAGCAUUACUCAAUGUUAGUUCGACCGAUAGAGUACGAGGAAGGGGUUGCGAGCAUUUGGAGUUGUGGGGUUGAUUGCUGCGAUGGGUAGGGAAGUACUAAUGGCUGCUGCUGCCGCACUUCUGGUUGCAGCUCUCUUGGUGGUGGGCGUGAGCGCGCACGGACGCAAGGGACUGGUGUGCACUAAAGAGUUGAAGGAAGACGGAUGCAACAAAACCAUCAGUGAUCUGUUCACGGUGCAAACUUUCGAGGACAUGUUCAAACACCGCAACGACAGAGCUGCGCAUGCCGCGGGCUUCUGGACCUACGAUGGCUUCAUGGCUGCAGCUCAGAUGUUCGAGAAGGACGGCUUCGCCUCCGUGGGUGGUGACGAUAUGCAGAAGCGGGAGCUCGCGGCGUUCUUCGCCCACGUCGCCCACGAAACGUCGUGUGGAUGGAGCAUGGCCAAAGAUGGUCCUACCGCAUGGGGACUAUGCUACAACCAAGAGCUCGCUCCCAUGAAAGACUACUGCAAGACUGGCGAUUUGCUGUAUCCAUGUGCACCAGGUGCUGGUUACUAUGGACGUGGAGCCUUUCCUCUCUACUGGAACUACAAUUACGGUCCAACUGGGAAGGCUCUGAAGCAGGACUUGUUGCAUCAUCCUGAGAUCCUCGCCCAAAACGAAACCAUAGCAUGGCAAGCAGCUAUUUGGUACUGGAUGACCCCUGCCAAGACAAGGCCAUCUCCUCAUGAAGUUAUGAUCGGGAAGUGGGUGCCGACGAAGAAUGAUACACUUGCAAAUCGUAAACCCGGCUUUGGAAUGACCAUCAACAUUAAGGCCAGCGACGUUGAGUGUGGCCAUGGAGAUGAUCCUCGCAUGCUGUCACGAAUCUCCCACUAUUUGGACUUUCUUCAAAACAAAUUCCAAGUUCAAGAUCCUGGUGCAAACCUUGACUGCGGCCUGCAAGGUGUAGUUCCUCUGGCAUAUGCAUCAAUUUAAACCCAAGGUAAACUUCCCAGAUGGAAUGCAUCAUCUCUCUAACUCAGAUCUGCUUCGGUGUAUGAGUACACAAGCUGGUAGAUGCCUCAGAUAGUUGCAGAGAAUCAGGGGCAGUGCUGCUUGAUGAUGUUGUUGUGCAAUGAUAGACAAAUUUUCUUAAUGCUUGGUUCUCACUGUGCCAAUACCAAGUUAAGCUAAAACUUUGCUCCUGAUUGCUCUUCAAACCAUGUGUCAAUUUAAUGUAUUUGAUUUAGAAUCAGACGAUGGGGCUUGUUUGUGUUGCAUCCUAGAAGCCACAGCUAGGAAGGUUGGAAAGAAGAAUUAUUAGACUUCUCUGACAAGGGAAAAAGGCUCUAAAGGGUGCGUGUUUGCAGAAUAGACUAACUUGAUCUACUUUGAUCGCCAGAUAAAUUUUCCUCUCAGUCUAGCACAGUAAUUCAUUCA